AUGCUUCCUUGUAGGCAUGCUUCUGCUGUAUGCUAUGACAAACAUCAAGACCCACAUGAAUACUGCUCAAAUUACUUCACAAAUGAAGAGAUGCUUGCUACAUAUGAAGAAGUUGUAUACCCUGUAAAUAAAGAAGACACAUGGGAUAUACCUACUGAGGUAGAAAAUUAUAUUGUCUUACCUCCUGUUGGCAGAAUUAAAGCAGGAAGGCCAGAGAAGAGAAGAAUAAAAAGAGUAGUAGAACAACAGACACAGAACAGGUGUACAAGGUGUAGAGCUUAUGGACAUAAUCGUAAAACUUGUAGAAAUAUGCCAAAAAGAAAUAGAACUGCUAUUAUGUAA